UCAUAACCUCCUUCCCCGUGUCAUCUCUUCCCUCUUCUCACCAUGUCAUUCGCUGGAACAUAUGAGCUGGAGAGUCAGGAGAACUAUGAGGAGUUUCUGGAAGCAAUCGAUUUCCUCAAGGCUAAAACAGAUCACAAAGUGGUGACUGAGGUGACUCAGGAUGGGGACAACUUCACCUGGACUCAAAGCAUCCCCGGCUGGACCUGGACUAGUAAGUUCACCGUUGGUCAGGAGAAUGAGCUGGUGUCGAUGAAAGGCCAGAAAUUCAAGGCUGUGGUGACUAAAGAAGARGGGAAGGUUUUACUCCAGUUUCCAGAGUACCACUUCACAGCACAGAUGGUGGACGAUAAGCUCGUCAUGACUUGUGUAACUCCGGGACAAAAGGGCGUGACUUUCAAAAGAGUUUUCAAGAGGGUCUAAAGCUGUGAGACUCAACCUGUUUGGUGGGAAAACACAAGCAUUGCUUUACGCUCCGGAACCAGAAAAGUAAAUAAGUCCACACUGAAGUGAAAGUGGAAAAGGCUUCCUGCACACAAGACUGAAUCAGAUGGUUGGUGGUUUUUGGGUGUGCCUGCAGAAAUGAUGACGUUACGCAACGUUCUUUAGUUUGACAGCUGUUCCGGAUUUAACGACUAAUCGUACAAAAAUCACGUUGAGUUUGGUCAAAAUAGAAUCAAACAGUGAUUUUUCUUGACUUUUAUCUGAYCUUAAUCAUGAAAUGUGUGAAAUUGAUUUGAUUUCCCCAAAGUUUUCAUGAAUAAAGCAAGUAUUGAUGCUCCUGUCA